CAUCCAUAACUUACCACAAAAUCAAAAACCCAUUAGAUACUUUCCUCUUAUUUAAAAAACAGAUCCCAUCCUCAGAAUCUAUAUCUAUAUCCUCUUCUCCUCCUCCUCCUUCUUCUUCUUCUUCAACCUACAACAAAUCUCCUUCACCUAUUUUCUCUCUCUCUUUAUCUCUCUUAUAUCGGUGUAGAGGAAGAAACCCAUUAACAAAAAGUUACAGUUUUGGAUGGUCAUGGACAUGGAGGCUGGAUUUCAACCACCACCACCCAACCAAAAGCCUUUAGCCAGGCUGAACACCUUCGUUGCCAACUCUCGACUAGGCAAGCGAUUCAAACUCGCCGAGCGAAACUCGACCUUCACUACCGAGUUACGUGCUGGAACAGCCACUUUCCUCACCAUGGCUUACAUCCUCGCCGUCAACGCUUCCAUCCUCACUGACAGUGGCGGUACCUGCUCUGUCUCCGACUGUGUCCCUCUCUGCUCUGACCCAACCAUCCGCGUUUCCAACUGUACUGGGUCAUCCCUUCGAGUCAUCCAACCUGAUGAUUCUUGCAAGUUCGACCCAGUUAAUCCAGGCUACGCUUCUUGUUUAGAGAAAAUACGUAAAGACCUUAUAGUAGCCACUAUAGCUUCUUCCCUUAUUGGGUGUGUGAUAAUGGGUGCUUUCGCUAAUCUUCCUCUAGGGUUGGCUCCAGGCAUGGGCGCAAACGCUUAUUUCGCUUACACAGUCGUUGGGUUUCACGGGUCUGGUAAUGUUUCAUAUGGGAGCGCAUUAGCUGCAGUUUUCAUGGAAGGUUUGAUCUUUUUAGCGAUAUCUGCAAUUGGGUUGCGAGCACAACUCGCGAAACUCAUCCCAAAACCGGUUCGGAUCAGCUCCUCUGCUGGUAUCGGUCUUUUCCUCGCAUUUAUCGGCUUACAAAACAACCAAGGACUCGGAUUAGUUGGGUACAGUCCAUCGACGCUGGUCACACUCGGAGGCUGCCCGAGAUCGUCACGUGCGUUGUUAGCUCCUGUCACAACGUUGGCUAACGGCACUAUUGCUUUGAUGCAAGACGGCACCGUAUCGGGGGAUAUCCUGUGUCUCCGUGACAGAAUGGAGAGCCCAACAUUAUGGCUUGGAAUAGUUGGGUUUGUGAUUAUUGCUUAUUGCUUAGUGAAGAAUAUUAAAGGAGCAAUUAUAUAUGGUAUUGUUUUAGUAACGGCCGUUUCAUGGUUCCGUGACACAAGAGUAACGGCGUUUCCUAACACCGUUGCAGGUAAUUCAGCACAUGAGUAUUUUAAGAAGGUGGUGGAUGUACAUGUAAUAAAAAGUACAGCUGGGGCUCUAAGCUUUAAGAGUAUGGGGAAAGGCUAUUUUUGGGAGGCUUUGGUUACGUUCUUAUAUGUAGACAUUUUGGACACAACUGGUACUUUGUAUUCAAUGGCUAAGUUUGCUGGAUUUUUAGAUCAAAAUGGAAAUUUUGAGGGUCAAUACUUUGCUUUCAUGUCAGAUGCCACGUCAAUUGUUGUGGGAUCAUUGCUCGGUACAUCUCCGGUCACUGCUUAUAUUGAAUCGUCAACAGGUAUACGUGAAGGUGGACGAACAGGAUUGACUGCAUUAACUGUUGCCGGAUAUUUUUUCUUAGCAUUUUUCUUUACGCCGUUAUUAGCGUCUAUACCCGCUUGGGCGAUAGGGCCACCGUUGAUUUUGGUGGGGGUGUUGAUGAUGAGAGCAGUGGUGGAUAUUGAAUGGAAUGAUAUGAGGCAAGCUAUACCAGCAUUUGUGACGUUGAUUUUGAUGCCUUUGACCUAUUCUAUUGCUUAUGGGUUGAUUGGUGGAAUUGGAACUUACAUUGUUUUGAAUUUGGGAGAUUGGGGUGAGGAGCUCUUGGUGAAAGUUGGCGUCAUAAAAAGGAGAGGUGGGGGUGUUGGUGACAAUAGUGGUGAUAAAGGGAAAAUUAAUGGCAGAGGCAGCUUCAAUGGGACAAAUGAGUUAGGAAUAAGACAAAAUGAAAGUGUGAAAGCAGCUGAAAUUCAAGUUUAGGGAAAUGGGUAAGACAUAUUAUAAUUUUGCAUUGCCUUUGAUCUUAAUUUUACAAUAUAUAAAUAUCUUCACAUUUUUAAUAUUUUAAGAAAUCAGUAAGGGGAAUUAGAUGGGAUUCAUAAAAGGGGUAGAUGUAAAUAUAUACAUAUAUGUUACCCAUGUCAUGGUUGAUUAGAAUUUUGUGUUUUUUUUUUAUAUAAUUAAUUAAUGUUCUCUUAUAUCUCUUAUGUUAAUUUCCAUUUUGAGAAGAACUAUUAUGAAA